AUGACUUCAUUACCAACGGACUCUUUCAAAAUUUCCAUUACAACUACCACCACAACCGAAUUGAAUACUCUAACGUCACAGCCAUCACAGCCUACCAGUUCUCCUGAACCUGAAAUUACUAUCACUUCAGAUGUAGCAACUCCGGAAAAUAUAACGAAUCAUAAUUCUCAAAUAUCUGCAUUAUCAUUAUAUGCAAAUCAAGAAUUAAAUCGAUCAGCAACGUCAAUAUCGACUGUAGAUUAUAUAGUUCCAUCUAAUGACCCAAGAAAUUCAGCUCAAAUAUUCAAAUUACAAACUAUCGAUUAUUCUAACUUUGUAGGAAUAAGUCCAUUGGGUUAUGGUAAAAGCAUCACAAUUUUAGUUUCAACAUGGAAAAAUGAUAAAGAUAUGACUAAAGUUGCUUUAAAGAGAGUUGAAUCUUUGGCAGCUUUCUCACAAGUAGUUAAGGAAGAUUCUAAUGAUAAUGAAAAUAAAUCAUUGAUAGAUAAUCAUCCACACAAUAUACUUCUUCACAAUGAACGACUCAUGAUCUCAGACCUUGGAAUAUCUAAAUCUAUACCUCAUAAAUCUUCAGUAUAUCCAUCAUUACCUUAUAUAGAUCCAAAUUAUUUUGCUUCUCCAACAACGUAUCCGCGUGAUAAACAUUUGGAUAUUUAUUCAUUGAGUGUAAUAAUGCAUGAUGUCUCAAGUGGUAAACGACCAUUUGAAAAUUUACCAUAUAAUCAAUUUUUAGCUAUAAGAUUAUUAGAAGGAUUAGGAAGAUUAAAAUUAGAUCCGGUUUGGGUUGAUAAUGAUGAAAUAAUGGGUAAUAAUGGAAAAAAGAAUUUUGUUAGUAAUUUGGAAUUUAAUAAUGAUAUUAAAGGUAUUAUUAUGGAGAGUAAACAUCCCGCCUUUGGAACUGGAAGUGUUACUUUCUCUAAUGGAAAUAUUACUUCAAUAAGAGAUAUUGAAAUUAAUGAAAAUGAAAUUUAUGGUGAAGAAGAAAAAGAUGAACGUACGUUUGAAUUUUGUUUGAAUUUUGUUUGA